GCCUCCAGCCCUUCACCUCUGGCCACUGCUGGACCCCUGACAUCUCCUUCACCGAACCUGGCAGUGCUCCCCCCGACGCCCACCACCACCAGCUCCCCCAGCUCACGGUGCUGCGGAGCCGCCUGGAGCGUGUGCGGCAGCUGGAGCUCCGGAUCCGUCAGAGGAAAGCAGGAAGCGAAGCCACACCGGGAGCACAACCAUCCAGGGACAGUGGAGUGGCAGCUCCUGAGGCAGAGAGCAGUGAGAAGCCUCCUGCAUACCAGCGGUUCCACACCCUCGCCCAGGACCUGGCCCCAGGGCUCACUCUGCCCUACAAGUUCAAGGUGCUGCAAGAGAUGUUCCGCAGUGUGGACACCAUUGUUGGGAUGCUCUUCAACCGCGCUGAGACCAUCACCUUUGCCAAGGUCAAGCAGGGGGUGCAGGACAUGAUGCGCAGGCAGUUUGAGAUGCGGCAUGUAGGGCAGAUCAAAGCUGUCUACCCCUCUUCGUACCAGCUGCGCCAGGAGAAGAACAUCCCUACCUUGAGCAGCAGUGGGAAGAAGUCUGAGUACCAGCUCACGCUGGAGCCAGUGCUGGGUGAAGAGGAGAAGGUGGAUGGUCGCCCACACCUGUCGGCGUCACGUUUGCUGGAGCGCAGGAGGGAGUUCCACCGCAACCUGGUCAACAUUGUCAAGCAGCACCACAAGGUGAGGAGCACCUGGCACCCUCCAUUCUGGGGGGCUGAGGAGAAGCUGACCCGCUGGCACCCACGCUUCAACGUGGAUGAGGUGCCAGACAUCAGCCCUGUGGAGCUGCCGCGGCCGCCGCAGGAGGACAGACUGAGCACGGCCCAGGAGGUGCUGAGCACAGCUCGGGGGAUGCUGAUCCCCAAGAUGGAAAAAGCUCUUGCCAACCUGGCCUUAAGAACUGCUGAAGCCAGUGUGGGGGAGCCAGUGGUUUCCAAAGCAGCAUCCCCUGCCAGCACCUCCAGCGCUCUCAAAGGGGUGUCCCAGGCCCUGCUCGAGAGGGUCAGGGCGAAGGAGACGCGGCGGCUGGAGGCGCUGAUGAAGCGGGACGUCCAGCAGGAGCAGCGUGUGGCCAUGCUGCGCCGCCUGCCCACCAUGGCCAGAGUCCUCCGCAACGUCUUCGUGGCCGAGAAGAAGCAGGCGCUGACCAUGGAGGUGGCUUGUGCCCGAAUGGCCGACAGCUAUGACGAGCAGAUGCCACCUGGUGAGAUGGAGAAACACCUGCGGCUCUUUGCGGAGCUCCUGCCCAACUGGGUGGGUGUCCAUGCCCUCAGGACAGACACCUACAUCAAGCUGGACAAAGAGAAGGAUCUCAACAUCAUCACCGAGAGGCUCACCAAGGCGUUGAAGGAGGCAGAAGCUCUCUGA